GGUUCCAACCCUGGAUCGGGGAACUUCCACCUGCUGUAUGUGUGGCCAAAAAGAAAAAUAAUGUUCAGUGGGGAGUUACCACUGGGUGAUUGCAACAAAGCUGUUGUAGAAUCGAGUUGCUGAAUUGGAUUGGAAGUCAUGAUGGUUGGAGUUGAGGAAGGAAGGGAGAGGGCAGGAGUUAAGUGGGUCAUCCAGCAGGAGCGCUGCAUCCUGACGUUUAUCUAUCUUCAGGGUGAGCAGCGCCGAUGCCAUUAGCAGGUCUGAUUCACCGAAUAAUGGAGGAGGCGAAUCAGACUGAGAUGAUCCACUUCCACUUCCGCCCCUUCUCCAAACUCCCCGAGGUGCAGAUGCUGAUUUUCGUGACCUUCCUGAUUAUGUACCUGGUCAGCAUCAGCGGCAACAGCUCCAUUGCUCUCAUCAUCUGGAUCUACCGUUCCCUCCACACCCCCAUGUACUUCUUCCUGGCCAGCCUGGCCGUCCUGGAGAUCUGCUACUCUUCUACCAUUGCCCCUCUGACUCUGGCCAGCAUCCUGUCCAUGGAGAAAACCCUCAUCUCCCUGCCUGGCUGUGGUGCCCAGAUGUUCUUCUUCAUAUUCCUGGGCAGUGCGGACUGCGUGCUGCUGGCCAUCAUGGCCUAUGACAGGUUUGUGGCCAUCUGCCACCCUUUGCAUUACACCCUCAUGAUGAGCUGGCGGUUGUGUGCCCGACUGGCCCUGGGCUCCCUGGCACUGGGCUUCAUCUUGGCCAUGCAGCUGACUGUGCUCAUCUUCCGACUCCCCUUCUGCAGCAGCAAGGAAGUCGGCAUGUUCUAUUGUGAUGUCCUUCCCGUCAUGAGGUUGGCCUGUGCAGAUACCCGGGUCCACGAGGCCACUUUGUUUGUGGUUGGUGUCACUGUCCUCACCAUACCCUUCCUGCUCAUCGCCCUCUCCUAUGUCUUCAUCGUGGCCGCCAUCCUCAAGAUCCGCUCUGCAGAGGGGAGGCACAAGGCCUUCUCCACCUGCUCCUCCCACCUGACCGUGGUCCUGCUCCAGUACGGAGGUGGGAGCCUCAUCUACCUGUGCCCCAGCUCCAGCUACUCUCCAGAGAGGGGCCAGGUCGUGUCUGUGGUUUACACGUUCAUCACCCCCAUGCUGAACCCCUUGAUCUACAGUCUGAGGAACAGAGAGCUUAAGGAUGCUCUGAAAAGAGCAACGAUGAGGUUCCUGCCGUCCUAAACACAGCAAAUGCCCUGGAUGUUCCUCUGCAACAUUGCCGGCUGGAGACAAGUAGAGAGAUAUGCUCUCUGAAAGAUGGGGAGAAAAUGGGGCUAAAAGGUGAUUUUUUUUUUUUUUAAAUGGGCCGUACCUGUGGCAUAUGGAGGUUCCCAGGCUAGGGGUUGAAUCGGAGCUUCAGCUACUUGCCUACA